AUGGGGUCCACACAUGGGCCUCUUCUGACCAUUCUGGACCUCUUUGCUCUGUCCCUAGCCUCCAGCCGCUCCCACCCCGCCAGCCCCAGCCCACCGGGGCCACAGGCCAGCCCAGUGCUGCCAGUCAGCUACCGCCUGUCGCACACGCGUCUGGCCUUCUUCCUUCGGGAGGUGAGGCCUCCUCCACCCACGGUCGCCAACGGCUCUCUGCAGCGCUCCGAGCCCUUCGUGGUGUUCCAGACCAAGGAGCUGCCAGUCCUCAACGUCUCCCUGGGUCCCUUCAGCACCAGCCAGGUGGUGGCACGGGAGCUCCUGCAGCCAUCCAGCACCCUGGAUAUCCCUGAGCGCCUGACGGUCAACUGGAAGGUGCGGGCAUUCAUCGUCCGUGCCCGUGUGCCCGCCUCACAGCCAGUGGCCCAGGUGCUUUUCUACGUGGCCGGCCGGGACUGGGAUGACUUCAGCAUCACCGAGCGGCUGCCCUGCGUCCGUCUGCAUGCCUUCCGGGAUGCCCGGGAAGUCAAAAGCUCCUGUCGCCUCAGUGGGGGGCUGGCCACCUGUUUAGUGCGGGCUGAGCUGCCCCUGGCCUGGUUUGGACCCCCUGCCCCAGCCUCACCACCCACUGCCCGCCGAAAGUCUCUCGAUGGGCUGGAACCUGAGGCAGCAGGGGAGAGCCAGCAGGCUGAGCUGUACUACACUCUCCAUCCCCCAGAUGCAUCUGGGGGGUGCGGGGGCACCCGCCGGGGAACUGGGCCCGGGACAGGGGCCCGGGCUGAGAGCCCCACCCAGCACCCUCUGCUGCGCAUUGGAAGCAUCAGCCUGUUCCGCCCGCCCCCCAAGAGGACCCUACAAGAGCAUCGGCUGGACAGCAACCUGAUCAUCCGCCUGCCAGACCGGCCCCUCAAGCCCGGGGAAGUCCUCAGCAUCCUCCUCUACCUGGCCCCCAACUCCUCCUCUCCCUCCAGCCCCAGCGUGGACCAUUUCACACUCAGGGUGAAGGCCAAGAAGGGUAUAACCCUUCUAGGCACCAAGUCACGGAGUGGCCAGUGGCAUGUGACCUCGGAGCUGCUGACUGGGGCAAAGCACUCCACAGCCACUGUGGAUGUGGCCUGGGCUCAGGGCACACCCCUGCCUCCCAGGGAGGGCCAGGGGCCCCUGGAGAUCCUGCAGCUGGACUUUGAGAUGGAGAACUUCACCAGCCAGUCAGUCAAGCGGCGGAUCAUGUGGCACAUCGACUACCGCGGCCACAGUGCCCUGCCUGACCUGGAGCGGGCGGUCACCGAGCUGACGGUCAUCCAGAGGGAUGUGCAAGCCAUCCUACCCCUGGCCAUGGACACAGAGAUCAUCAACACGGCCAUCCUGACAGGCCGGACGGUGGCCAUCCCUGUCAAGGUCAUCGCCAUCGAGGUGACCGGCCUUGUCCUGGACGUCUCUGCCCUAGUGGAAUGCGAGUCUGACAAUGAGGACAUCAUCAAGGUGUCCAGCAGCUGCGACUACGUGUUUGUGAGCGGAAAGGAGUCUCGAGGGUCCAUGAACGCCAGGGUCACCUUCCGUUACGAUGUCCUCCAUGCACCUCUGGAGAUGACGGUCUGGGUUCCCAAGCUGCCCUUGCACAUCGAGCUCUCAGACGCCCGCCUCAGCCAAGUGAAGGGCUGGAGGGUACCCAUCCUCCCCGACCGGAGAUCAGCCCGGGAGAGUGAGGAUGAGGACGAGGAGGAAGAGGAGCGGCGGCAGAGCGUGAGCCGAGGCUGCACCCUACAGUACCAGCAUGCCACGCUGCAGGUCUUCACCCAGUUCCACACCACAUCAUCCGAGGGCACGGACCAGGUGGUCACCAUGCUGGGCCCGGACUGGCUGGUGGAGGUCACUGACCUGGUCAGUGACUUCAUGCGGGUGGGUGACCCCCGAGUGGCACACAUGGUGGACAGCAGCACGCUGGCAGGCCUGGAGCCAGGCACCACCCCCUUCAAGGUGGUGUCCCCAUUGACAGAGGCUGUGCUUGGGGAGACACUGCUGACAGUGACGGAGGAGAAGGUCAGCAUCACACAGCUGCAGGCCCAGGUGGUGGCCAGUCUCGCCCUCUCCCUGCGACCCAGUGCUGGGAGCAGCCACACCAUCCUGGCUACCACGGCCGCCCAGCAGACCCUCAGCUUCCUUAAGCAGGAAGCCCUCCUGAGCCUCUGGCUCUCCUACAGCGAUGGCACCACGGCCCCACUCUCCCUCUACAGCCCCCGGGACUAUGGGCUGUUGGUGAGCAGCCUGGACGAGCGUGUGGCAACGGUGACUCAGGACCGGGCCUUCCCGCUGGUGGUGGCAGAGGCCGAGGGUGCAGGCGAGCUCCUCCGAGCUGAGCUGAGCAUCGCUGAGAGCUGCCAGAAAACCAAGCGCAAGAGCGUGCUGGCCACCACGCCUGUGGGCCUACGGGUACACUUUGGGCGGGACGAGGAGGACCCCACUUAUGACUACCCAGGCCCUAGCCAGCCAGGGCCUGGUGGCGGGGCUGAGGACGAGGCCCGGGGAGCUGGCCCGCGGGGCACCGGGGGUUCCCCAGCAGAGAGCCCGGGCCGGGGUACGGCCAGCCCCGCCGUCCCGCCCACAGAAGACUUUCUGCCGCUGCCCACCGGCUUCCUGCAGAUGCCACGGGGGCUAACAGACCUGGAGAUCGGCAUGUAUGCGCUGCUGGGCGUCUUCUGCCUCGCCAUCCUCGUCUUCCUCAUCAACUGCAUAGUCUUCGUGCUGCGCUACCGGCACAAGCGUAUCCCACCCGAGGGCCAGACCAGCAUGGACCACUCGCACCACUGGGUGUUCCUGGGCAACGGGCAGCCGCUGCGCGUACAAGGAGAGCUCUCGCCGCCCCCCGGGAACCCGCUGGAAACCGUGCCCGCCUGCUGCCACGGCGACCACCACAGCAGCGGCAGCUCGCAGACCAGCGUGCAGAGCCAGGUGCACGGGCGCGGCGACGGCUCCUCGGGCGGCUCGGCCCGGGACCAGGCCGAGGACCCCGCCAGCUCGCCCACCUCCAAGCGCAAGCGGGUCAAGUUUACCACCUUCACCACGCUGCCCUCCGAGGAGCUGGCCUAUGACUCGGUGCCCGCCGGCGAGGAGGAUGAGGAGGAUGAAGAGGACCUGGGCUGGGGCUGCCCGGAUGUGGCGAGCACCACCCGGCCCACCCCGCCCCCGGACCUGCACAAUUAUAUGCGCAGAAUCAAAGAGAUGGCGUAG